GCCGAGCUGCCAAAGCUCGGCCUCUCGCCCGACAUCGAGACGUACAAUGCGCUGCUCAGCACGUGCGCGCGGCGGCUGCUCAACCGGAUGGAGGCGGAGGGGGUGGGACACAAUGCCACCACGUACGAGCACCGCGUGGCGCUGCACAUGAUGAGCGGCGAGCCGCAGGGCGCGUUUGUCGUCUACCGCGAGCGAGAGACAGCCGAGAGACAGCCGAGAUGCGGCCGAGCUGAGGGCAUGUACCACGCCCUCAUCAACCACCACCUCCGCCGCAAGCCGCGCCCAAACGCCGCCGCCGCCGCCGAGCUGCUCGAGGAGAUGAAGGCGGACCGCCACGCGCGUCCUCAGCUGAACUCGAGUCGAGCGGACCACACUCGCGUCAACAUGAACUUGCAGCGCAACGUGGCCGAUGCCGUCGCCGCCGUCGCCGAGGACCGCGAGUUUGUGUUUGGCAACCGCCGCGGCCCGCAGGAGGGGGCGCGGGGACCAGCCUCCAACUUGGCCCGGGCUUGA